AUGGCCGACUUCUUCAACGACCUCCUCUCGGGCAUUGGCGUGCCCACGCCCACCUUCUUCCCUUUUCCCGGUGCCGACGAGACAGCAUCGCCCCUCUCGACGCUAUUACCCCUGCCCACAUCCGCCGCUCUCGAAGAGCGACCAACAAUUCUACCCACCAGCUCAGACAGUCCCUCAUCAACACCAUCAAGGCCAGCAGACGACGAUGCCGCCGACGAAACUCCUAUCCCCGACCUCGCAGCCUCCUCAGAGCUCCCUCUCCCCACGUUCCUGACGACAUCAGAAACUGGCAUCCCCUCAAUCCUCCCUUCAGCCAUCACCCGCCCGCCAACGACCCUGCUCUCCUCCAUCCGCGCAGACCCCUCGGCAUCAACCUCCUCGGAAGAGGAGCUCAUCGUCGCGCCCCCACAGCCCACGACCUUCGUCGCCGCACCGACGGCCACCCUCCCGCUCGCCAUUCCGCCGCCCGCGUCCACCUCGUCGCUGGCCCCGCUGCCCACGGCCGAGGAGGCCAACGCCGGCUCCUCCAGCGGCGGCGCCCUCAUGCCCGCGCUGCCCAUCUCUCUCGGCCUCGUCGCCGGCGUGCUGACCAUUGGCGGCCUCAUUGGCUGGGCGUACCGCAAGGGCAGGGGUCCCUUUGCCGGCCGCGCGCGGAGGCGCGCCAUGAUGGAGAAGGAGGACAUGGAGGGAUGGGGGAGAUUGACCGGCAGCAGAGGCAGAAGUGGGAUCCUCGGGUCAGGCAGGAUGGGCGGGCAUGCCGUCAACUUUUAG